AACCUCAGAAGUAUUAUCUUUUUGUUCUGUAUUUAUUUCUAUGAACGCAAUUUUUUUACGUUCAAGCGUGUGAUCUGCAAAGAAGCAUAAGUUAUUUAGAAUAAAAUAUCCGAUUUUCCAUCCGAAAAAUGUCCGAGAAUGAGCGUGUUGGAACUGGUAGGAAAAGAAUAAAACGUAACACAGACAAAUGGCAAACAAACGUCUAUACAGCGUCAAAAAAUGAGAUGACUGAGGUCACUUUAGUGUCCAACAAUAAGUGUUUUGGAGGAUGGCAAAAGGUCUAUUCUCACGAAAGCACCGAAUUAAAAUGCAAAAUGAACUUUGGCGUCUAUUUACCGCCACAAGCAGAAAUUAGUCCAGUGCCAGUAAUCUAUUGGCUCUCAGGAUUGACAUGCACAGAGGCAAAUUUUGUGCAAAAAGCUGGAGCUCAAAAAUACGCAGCUGAGCAUGGAGUUAUAAUUGUUGCACCCGACACAAGUCCUCGAGGACUUAACAUUCCUGGCGAAGAAACCUCUUGGGAUUUUGGUACCGGCGCUGGUUUCUAUGUGGAUGCAACAGUCGACCCAUGGAAAAAUAAUUAUAGAAUGUACAGCUACAUUACCAAAGAAUUACCAGCUCUGAUAAAUGAAAAAUUCCCAGCCAUCCCUGACAAACAGUCAAUAAUGGGGCACAGUAUGGGAGGCCAUGGUGCUUUAAUUUGCUGUUUAAAAAAUCCUGGCCAGUACAAAACAGUGUCAGCAUUCGCUCCAAUUUGCAAUCCAAUGAACAGUCCUUGGGGACAAAAAGCCUUUUUAGGAUAUUUGGGCGAAAACGAGGGUCAGUGGAAAGACUGGGAUGCCACGGAACUCGUGAAAAAUUACAACGGACCACCCUUAGAUAUUCUCAUCGAUCAGGGCAGAGAAGACAACUUCCAUCCCAAAGAACUCUUACCUGAAAAUUUGGUAGCAGCAGCACAUACCGCCAGAAUGCCGUUGGUGCUCAGAAUGGAAGAGGGCUAUGAUCACAGUUAUUUCUUCAUUGCAUCCUUCAUCGAAGACCACAUCAAACAUCAUGCAAAAUAUCUCAAAAGUUGAGAAAAAAUUCUUAUAAACGAGUAAUUUUAGCGGCAGACAAAAGCAGAAUAAAACUAUAAUAUACUUUUGUAAUUUUUGUACCAUUUUUUUUAAUCAACUUCUCUUUUUUAAGUCAAGUUUCUGUCUAUCGUUGUAAAUUGUUCACCAAACUGAUGAAAUAAAAAUAUUGCUGAAAAGUCAGCUGGUCGAGUGUU